CGCGAAGAAAAAAAAUUAUCGUUGCGACAUAACGAUGCAAACGCUCUCAAGUGGUGAUGUUUAAAAGUUAUGAUUAAUUUUGAUUGGUGCAUUUGUUUGCAUUCAAGAACUUGUCAAACGGUGUGUGUAACAAGAAAAGCCGUUGAUAAAAAUUUUUUCAUAACCAACGCAAUUGUGUCUUUCUAAUAAAAAAAAGCCGGUUUUUUUUAUAAAUAAUACUACAAAAAACGAUACUACACUACGUAUCAUCAACAAAAUAAUUUAUAUAAAUAUAAAGGAUAAUUAAAGUUCGAGCUGAAUUGAUUGAAUAUAAAUAAUAUACAAUGGAUAGUCCAGCAGGACAACAUGAUAAUCCUCUGGGAAAUAAUAAUCGUGAAGGUACCAGAGUUAUUUUACGUGAAAUAACAGCAACGCUCCAAAAUUCACCACCUUCAAAAACGCCAACAAAAAACAAGACUGGUAUUGAUGUCACAAGAACACCAGAACAUGAAAUCAAAGUAAAAUUUGCACGUGAAUUUAUUGAAAUAACUGAUGAUCAAAUAAAAAAAACAGAUAAACAAUUAAAUGAUAAUAAUAGUUUAUCAUCAGCAAGUAGUUUUCAAAGUUUAACAAGUACAUUAAGUACAAAAAGUAGUAGUGGUAUUUGUAUUGAUAGUCCAUCAUCAAUAUCAUUUGAUACAUCAUAUGCUAAUUCAGAUAUACCAGGUUUAGAUGAUUUAUUAAGUGCUUGUGCUGGUAUACGUCUUGAAGAUUCAUAUGCUGAUGCAUCAUUUGCAUCAGCAAAUGAUCAAAGUAAUCUUGAUAUAACACAAAAUAUAGCUGAAUAUAAAACACAUGAUAAUUUAAAUAAAACACAAGAAAUUUGUAAAUUAAAUUUAACACAAGAUAUUGCUACAUCAAGUGUUGAUAUAUUUUCAACAGAUUAUAAAAAUUCAAGAGAAUCAUUGUCUCAUACAUUGACUGAUGUUGAUACUGAUGCAUUAAAAGCUGAUAAAACUAUUGAUUCAAUUCAAUCAUUACCAGUUACAUCAGACAGCUGUUUGUCAAGUGACAGUGAACAUACAUUUUCAUCAUCAAUAAUAGAUUUAAAUAAAACAAAAGAUACAGUUAAAGAAGAAAUAAUAUCUCAAGCUCAAAAUAAUAUUGAAUUUGAUAACUGUAAAUUUGUGGUUAAUGAAAAUAUUCAUAUACCAAGUGAUGCAAAUAAUUUAUCAUUUGUAAAAACUGAUGAAUCAUUACAAGUUACUGAUACUGAAUUAAUUGUUGAUGAUAAUAAUGUUGUAGAAAAAAGUGAAGUUGCUGUAAAUCAAGUAAUCAAAGCAGCUGAAUCAUUGUCAAUUGAAAAAAUUAUUGAUAAUCCAGAGGAUAAUAUAAUUACAGAUAAAGUUGAAAAGUCUGUUGUUGAAAAAACAAAUGUUAUUUAUACUUUAAAUCAGACUGUUGAAUUGACCGAGUCAUUGGCAAUUGAAAAAGAACUUGAUCAUAAAGAUAAUAUAGCUACAAGUGAAAUUAAAGAAGCUGAUGAACAAUUAAAUUCUGCUACUGAUUUAAAUCAAACUAUUGAAUUAUCUCAACCAUUGGUAAUUGAAAAAAAUAUUGAUAAUCAAGAUAAUAUUGAAUCAAGUCACGUUGAGCAAACUGAUGAACAAUCAAAUGUUGUUUUUAGUUUAAAUGGUACUUUUGAAAUAUCUGAACAACAAUUGGCAAUUGAAAAAGAUUUCGAUCAUCAAGAGAAUAUAAUUUCAAGUGAAAAACCUCAUGAAAAAUCAAAUGUUGUUGUUGAUAAUUUAAAUAAUACCGUUCAAGUAUCACAGCCAUUAUUAAAUGAAAAUAAUAUUGAUGAUAAUAUUAUUGUAGAAUCUGAUGAAAAAACAAUUGUUGUAGAAAAUAUAUCAGCUAAAUUUGAUGAAUCAAAAACUUUGUCAUUUGAUAAAUUAAAAAGUGAAAUUUUUGAAGCACUUGCAGCUGAAAAAAUAAGUGAUGAUGUUGUAUCAAUUACAAACGAAGUAACUUCACCAUUAUUGAUUGAUAAUAAUCAAGAUUUUUCACAACAUCAAGAACAGCAACAACAAAAAAAUACAACACUUACACUUGAUGAUACUGAUGAUGAUACAUUAAAUUGUGCUAAUAAAAAUACAACAGUUGUAAAAGAAAAUACAUUUGAUGAAACAAUUAAUGUAAAUGUUGAUAAAGAUAAAAAUUCAUCAUUAAAUUGUGCUAAUAAUGUAUUAUUGCAUGAUGAUAAUAAUACAGGAUUUAUAAAUUCAGAUUAUGAUUUUGAUAAAUUAAAAUUAGAAGCACAACGUGUUGCUAAUGAUUUAUAUAAUACAUCAAUUGAUUGUACUGAUGAUAAAGAAGAAGAAUUUGUAUUAGCAUCAACUGAUUUAUUUAUUGAUCCAAUGAGUGUUGAUUUAUCAAGUUUAAAUUCAAAUAAAACAAAAAAUAUAACAGAUAAUACAGCAAUUGAUAGAUUACGAGCUGAAUCAUUAUAUGUUAAAUUUGAUCCACUUGUAUCAAGUAUAACAAUGUUGCCACAGGGUAAUAUAUCAACAUCACAAAAAAAUGAUACAACAAUUAAUGGUGAUAAUAAUGAUACUUGUAUAAGUGAAUUAAAUUCUUCACCAAAAAGAAAUCCAGCAAUUGCAGCACUUGAUAGAUUAUUAAUAUACAGUCCUCUACCACCAUCAUCAAUUGAUAAAAAAAAUAAAGAACAAGAAAAAAUAUUAACUAGAGAAAAAACACCAGAACCAAUAACAAUUAUUGAUACAACAAUGGCUAAAGAACUUGAAUUAGUUAGAACAAAUGUAUUACAAUUAGAAGAACAAAUUGAACAACAAAAAAUUAAAUAUCAUACUGAUAUUAAAACAAUUAAUGAUGAUAAAGAAAAAUUAGAAUUACAAAAUAUAACAUUACGUGAUACAAUAAAUCAAUUAAAAAAAGAAUUACAACAAGAAAUUAAAAAUAAAAAUCAAGUUACAAUUAUUGUUGAUGAAUUUCGUAAAACAAUUGAACGUUUAAAUAUUGAAAAAGAAAAAGAUAAAAAUAAUUAUGAUAAUAUUAAAACAAAUUUAUAUGAUGAAUUACAAGAUGCUAAAAAUCAUCUUACAGCAACUGAAGCAGCAUUUAAUGAUGUACAUGCUAAGUAUGAAAAAUUAAAAAUUGUUGUUACUGAAUCAAGAAAUAAUGAAAAAGUACUUAAAGAAAGUAUCGAGGAAAAUAUUGAAACAAUUAAAUUAUUGGAAAAUCGUUAUGAACAAAUUAAAAGUCAUGCUGCUGCGCGGCUAGAAAAGGCUAAUCACGAGUUGGAUACAAUUAGAAAACAGCAUGAAUCUGAUAAUGUUAGAGUUCGUGCAAUGCUUAGAAAAGAAGAACUUAAAAGUAAUUCAUUGGCUGAAUUGGUUGAACAAAAAACUAAAGAAAACAAAGAACUUACACAAAUUUUGGAUGAAGUUAUAUCAAGAGUUGGUCAAAAAUCUGAUGAUUAAUCAGAAUAACAUCAAAAAAUAAAUAAAAAGAAAUCUCGUUAUUUAAUUUUUUCAAAUUAUUCUUUCUUAAUUUUUAAUUAUAUAUACUUGAUUUAAUAAUUUUUUAUUUUCAACAUUUUAAAGUUAAAAUAAUCAUUAUUAUUAUUAUUAUAAUUAGAUUUAACAAAUAAUAAUAAUAAUAUAGUUUUUAAAAAAAGAGUUAAGAAAAAAAAAUUUGUCACUUAUCUUUUAUACUUGAAUAGUGUCUCGAUUGAUGCCCUAUUCAAAGAAUAGUUCAUCCUGUAAAUGUAUAUCGUUUAUAAUAAAAAAAAAAAAAAAAACAAAUAAAAAAUAUAAUUAUAUAAUAUUGAUACUAAAAAAAAAAAAAAAAUGAAAUCAUUAAUACAAGAAUAAAAGAAUAAAAAAUAUUUAUCAUUU